AUUUUUGCACGAUUCACAUCUGUGCUGUGCACCGUGGAAGGAUAUUUACCUUUUCGCACAUACCUUUUUAAUGGUCGAAAAACCCAAUAUUCUUGGUAACAAACCUUUAAUUUUGCAGAAUUUAGUUUAAGUAGCAAUAUAAUAGCAGGUCUUGGUUUAAUUUCAAGUUUCGUGAAACUACAUAACCAUGCCGCCGAAAAAACCUAGUGCUGGUGGCGGUGGCGGCGGCAGCAAAAAGACUGAGCAGAAGAAGAAAGAGAAGGUUAUUGAGGACAAGACCUUCGGUUUGAAAAACAAGAAGGGAGCGAAGCAGCAGAAAUUUAUUCAACAAGUUGAGAAACAGGUGAAGAGUGGAGGCAUCCACCCUGCCAAGCCUAUGGAUGACAAGAAAAAGGAGAAAGAGGCCAAAAUGAAGGAGCAGAAGGAACUGGCGAUGCUGUUCAAACCUGUCCAAACACAAAAAGUUGAGAAGGGUACUGACCCCAAGUCAGUGGUAUGCGCUUUCUUUAAACAAGGUCAAUGUACAAAGGGUGAUAAGUGCAAGUUUUCUCAUGACUUGACACUGGAGAGAAAGGCUGAAAAACGUUCUCUGUACGUGGACAUGCGUGACGAUGAAGAUACUAUGGAUAAUUGGGACGAGGACAAACUGAAAGAAGUAGUUCAGAAGAAACAUGAGGAGGAAAAGCAGAGGCCCACCACUGACAUUAUUUGCAGACAUUUCCUUGAAGCUGUCGAAAAAUCUAAAUACGGUUGGUUCUGGGAAUGUCCGUCGGGAUCCAAGUGCAUAUACCGACAUGCUCUGCCGCCAGGCUUCGUACUCAAACGAGAUAAAAAGAAAUUGGAAGAGAAGAAGAAUGAGAUUUCCCUGGUCGAUUUAAUAGAGAGGGAGAGGGCUGCGCUCGGGCCGAACCAGACGAAAAUCACGUUGGAAACCUUCCUCGCUUGGAAGAAGAAGAAGAUCAAGGAGAAACAGGAGCUGGCGGUGGCGGCGGAGGAGCAGCGGCGCAGCGACUUCCGCGCGGGGCGCGCCGUGGGGCUGUCGGGGCGCGAGAUGUUCUCCUUCGACCCCGCGCUGGCGCUGGCCGCCGACGAGGACGACGACGCCGUGGACCUGGCGCACUACGGCCAGCAGGACCCCGACCCCGACCACUACAAGGAGCUCACGCUCGACCUCGUCGGCAUGGAGGCCAGCGAGGCGGACGACACAGGUACGAAGGCAACAGAAGACAGAUUGCAGCAGCUGAGCCACGGGCUGGAGAACGGCGCGGGCGGCGGCGAGGCCGCGGACCCGGCCUCGCCCGCCGGGGACCAGGACGCCGCCGUCCCCAUCAACGAGAACCUCUUCCUCGACGAGGAUUUAGACGAAGAACUUCAGAACCUCGAUCUAGAGGAUUAGGAUUUUUUAAUUACUUGUUUACAGCCACUAAUAACUUGGUACUACAGAGAACUGCAGCAAUCCCCCGUCUCUAUCCUACAAGCCUAACGUCGUGCAUCUCGCUCUAACUCUUUUCUUCUCAUCAGACGUACCAAGUUGAAUUGGCUGUAAUAUGAGUGUCUACUCAAUACUGUGUACUUUGGUUUCCACUCGCAUUAUGAACUCAUUUUUCAAUUGACGACAUGAAGAUCAUUUUUUCUACCCUUUACCGAAAUUUAAAACAAGAGGAUUAAUUUAUUAAAAUGUGUGACAAGUACGUAAAUUGAAAAGAAAAUUGAAUUUCAACUUGCUGUAGCCUACAUAGUUAUCAUUAUAUUUAUUGAUAGCAAAAUAUCUUGAAAGAUAAUGAUUAAUGUGCAACCUACUUAUCUUAAUAAUCGUUAAAUAUUACGAUAUAAAUUAUCAAAAAAUUCGGCGCUUGAAUUCAUCGCAUAAGAGAUGCAACCCAUACACAAUGUCCAGAUGUAUCAUCCAAAUGUUUAUAUCCUAAAUAUAGUAACGUAUUUGUAAAUAAAAUAACAUAUUUUAA